AAAUAAUAAUUUAACGAUCAAAUGAACGAUAUGAACACGGAUGCCUGUCAAGAUAAUGUACCAAGAUAUGAAAAAUUAGCAAAGCCGAAAAAAAGAAUAGAUAAAGUCAAUAAUUACAACGCCUUCAAUGUAAAACGUGGUGCUUUGUCGUAUCAAAUUACAGACUCGUUAAACAAACUAGCUCAACCUAAACGAAAACCAAAUGUGUCCAAUACGUCCAAUUUCAGCGCGAAAACUUCUCCAACUGCAGUGAAGCAAGGACAUCACAAAUUGAUAAAUAGCAGCGAACAAUCGAAGGAUGCACAAGAGUCGAAGAAGAAGAAAUUUUUAUUAGACACUUAUGCCCGUAUUACCGCAGCAAGGAAUAAAGGAUGCUCGAAACGUUUGCACGAACUCGCAAAACCGAAAAAUUAUAUAAAUAUGAAUCACAAUGGGACUUACGAAGAUUUUGAAAAUUACUUUCAAACGAUUAACAAAUACAACGCGAGAUCGCCACUUUUAAAGAAAAGAUAAAAAGAAUUGUAAAUUUGAUCAUGUAAUGUAAUAUAAACAAUAUCAAAUAAACACUUUGACAUUUC